UGAGUCUGCGCCAGAGAAAGCCGCCCGAGCUGAAAGUUGAUUGGUGAUUUGGGGCUGUGCAUGGCAGUCUUGAAAAAAUGAAGUCUUCAGAAAUGUAAAUUGAACUCAACUAGAUCCAAGAGGGAGCUUAAAGGGGCAUUCCUCUCAAUUCCUGUUGAAGAAGUUCCUGAUAACAUGUGAACAUGGCACAUUGUCUGUGGGUAAGUCCAUGAUACAGACAGACAGGUGUGGCCCCGCAGAGUGAAGACCAGGAGGAUGGCAUACAGUGUGGACUUCAAUCUGAGACCUAUAAUGGAGCUUGAAUUAGAGAGCCUUAGGGGUGAUGAUACAGACUCUAUGACGGGAACAGGUCUGGAGAGUGGCAGUCGUGAAACCCUGGAAAUGGAGGUCCUUACAACAGAAGGCAGAGAUGGGCUGGCCAGCCAGAUGAGUGAUGUCAGAGAGCGGGCAGAUGAGACGAGUGAGGAAUCCAUACAGACCAACCUUCUGGUCAGGAAGUGCUGGUCUACCGCCACCCUGAGGGUCCUGUCCUCCAUGCCCAGUCGCAGCAUCGGGCAGCAGAGUCGUCUUGAAAUCAUCUCCCAGUGCAACAUCCGUUCUACUCAGCUGCGCAGGUACCACCGCCAGACCCAAGACGUUUCCCUCUCCUCCAGACCUAGUAUCCGUGGCUAUGGGAUCGAGGCAGACUCUGAGGAUGUCUGUGAGGAAGAGACCAAGAGACAGGAGCUGGUCAACAAUCUUCAGAGUCUGUGGGCCGGUGACCGUGUGCGUAUGCUGCGUGCCACGCCCCUUAGUCUGGCUGAGAAGACGAAACUGAGGAAACUUGUAUUCAGUGACAAAGUUGGACAGUCCCUCUUGAGCAGCCAGGUUCCCUGCUGUAGCCUCCUUAAGCGAGCUUUGUAUCACAUCUGGUUCGGAUGUCUCUUCAUCCUCAGUUCCCUGCAGUUGUGGCAGGUGGCUUUGAAGAGGCUGGGUGGCCGCUUUGGCACUGGUGUGCUCUCCUACUUUCUCUUCAUCAGGACUCUUCUGCUCUUCAACGUCUUUCUCUUCCUCAUCAACGGCCUGUUCCUGGUCCUCCCCCAGGCCAUCCACCCGCCCCUUCACACCCCCAGCUCCCACAGAGUCACAGGCCUGGAGCUGUUCACCGGCACGGGUUAUCUCUCUAACUCUCUAAUGUUUUAUGGCUACUACACCAACUCCACCAUCAACACCAGUUGUAGACCUGAUGACGCCACCGCCGGGACUGGCUGUGGCACCACCAGUGACCCUCACAUGAUGGCCUACAACAUUCCCUUAGCCUACUGCUUCACCAUCGGCAUAACAUUCUUUAUCACCGGCAUCGUCCUCGUUUACAGCAUGUCCAAGUCCUUUGGGAGGAGUUUCUGUGUGUUCAAGUCUCAGGGAAACAUGGCCAUAAAGGUCUUCUGCUCCUGGGAUUUCAAAGUCAGCAAGAAGAUGUCUGUCAGGCUGCAGUCGGAGAACAUCACCACCCAGCUCAAGGAGCUGUUGUCGGAGGUGAAAGGCGGAGAGGAGGAGAAGGGCAGGCUGUCUGGGAUGGCGGUGCACCUGCUAGCAUGGAGCAUUUCUCUGGGGGGUACCUUCUUCUGUGCACUCGGCAUCCACUGCUUUGCCAAGUACAUGCACCUGAGGAGACUUGAGGAUGCAGAGGGGGAGGUCAGUGUGGUGCAUGAGGCUCGUCUGCUGGCUCUGCCUGGGGUUGUGUCCUGUGGGAACCUCCUCCUCCCUGGUCUCUUCAACCUCGUGUCUUGGAUGGAGAACUUCAACUCGCCCAUUGUACGUCUCUAUGUUUCCAUUUUCAGGAACCUACUGCUGAAGGUGAGCAUUCUUGGCGUACUGUGCUACCAUUGGCUGGGGAAAAUUGCAGCUGAACCAGAGCAACAUGGUCUGCAGUGCUGGGAGAGCUUUGUUGGUCAGGAGCUGUAUCGUUUCCUGCUCGUGGAUUUCAUAUUCACGGUUCUCUACACAGUCUUCGGAGAAUUUAUAUGGAAGCUGUUUUCUCAAGGAGUGCUGAGGAGAAGGAGGAAGCCAGUGUUUGAUAUCGCCCGUAACGUACUCGAGCUCAUCUAUGGGCAAACCCUCACCUGGCUCGGCUUGCUCUUCACUCCUUUACUGCCAGCUGUGCAGAUCCUCAAGCUGUUGUUGUUGUUCCAUAUGAAAAGGAGCAGUCUACUGGUGAACUGCCAGGCCUCCAGGAAGCCGUGGAGAGCCAGUCAGAUGAGCACCCUCUUCAUCUCUCUUCUGUGUUUCCCCUCCUUCCUCGGGGCCACCGUGUCUGUGGCCUACACCAUAUGGAUGAUUAAGCCCUCCUCUGGCUGUGGUCCUUUCAGGAACCUCCCCUUCAUGUUCCACUCAGGCAAACAGUGGGCCCAGGAGAUGAAGAGUACCAACCCCAAGCUGGCCUGGCUCAACUGGGUACACAGCUGCUUGGUGGAGAACCCCUUCUUCCUGUUCCUGUUGGCAGGUGUCUUUCUAAUGGUCAUUUACAUUCACACCCAAGUUUUAGACGGCCAAAGGAAAAUAAUCAGUCUGCUACAGGAGCAAAUAGAAAAUGAGGGGAAGGACAAGAAGUUCUUAAUUACUAGUCUGCAGGCCAUCCAUGAGAAGAGGCAGUAUCCACUGUCCCCUUCCUCCAGGCCUCAGCCACAGGGCAGUGAGGUUUAAUAUGUUUUAGUGGAAGAUUAAAUUAUUCCAGAGUGUUCAUUGGAUGCUGCAUGUUAAAUUUUGGACUCCCAUCACAUCAAGGAUAUUUGGCUGCUUUCAACCAGUCAAAGUGAACUCAAAGUGGAGUGAUGUGUGUGGUGAAGGACAUUGAGACAUUUCUUGUAGAAUGUAACUAUGACUGAUAUGUAUUCUAGACCAUCAGAAUGUAAAGUAACUGAGACUGAUAUGUAUUCUAGACCAUCAGAAUGUGAAGUAACUGAGACUGAUAUGUAUUCUAGACCAUCAGAAUGUGAAGUAACUGAGACUGAUAUGUAUUCUAGACCAUCAGAAUGUGAAGUAACUGAGACUGAUAUGUAUUCUAGACCAUCAGAAUGUGAAGUAACUGAGACUGAUAUGUAUUCUAGACCAUCAGAAUGUAAAGUAACUGAGACUGAUAUGUAUUCUAGACCACCAGAAUGUGAAGUAACUGAGACUGAUAUGUAUUCUAGACCAUCAGAAUGUAAAGUAACUGAGACUGAUGUGUAUUCUAGACCAUCAGAAUGUGAAGUAACUGAGACUGAUAUGUAUUCUAGACCAUCAGAAUGUGAAGUAACUGAGACUGAUAUAUAUUCAAGACCAUCCGAGGUGUGUUUUAUACUGGUAUGGUAUUUCCAAUGUGGGCCAUAACUGUCUAAUUUGCCUUUUGUUAAUACAUAUUUUUAAAUAUAUUUAUUGUCUCUGGGCUGUCUGUCACCGCUUUCAAGCUUAAAUGUAUACUGAACAAAAAUAUAAACGCAACAUGCAACAAUUUCAA